UAUCUGUGUAUCUGUCACAUUGUCAAAAAAGCCGCCAUUUCUGUACCGAUGUGUGCCGGCAAAAUUAUUUUAUCGUAAUCGCGAUAAAAGCGAUGAGAGAUGAGUAAGCGUUAAAAAUUGGUGCAAGAAUAUAAUAAUAUUAAUUCCAGAUUAUCGACUUCAUUGGACGAAUCCACCCAGCACUGGCUCAUCAUGAGCCCAGUAAAAGCAUAUUCAACCGCGCGGUUCUACACGCUCACCGCUCUGAUCCUUGUGCCAUACUUCGUGAUAUCAAAGCUCAUUUUCGACCGCGUCCACGACACAUCACAAGUUGUAAUCGAUGAAUACUUCCACGUACCACAAGGAUUAGCAUACUGCAACGGCAAUUUCUCAGAAUGGAACCCUAAGAUUACAACACUACCAGGAUUGUACUUAGUAACAGCGUUUGUCGGUCAAAUUGACUGUGAUACGUACAACCUGAGGUUCAUAAAUCUACUCGGAUCCUGCAUCAAUCUUAUAGCUUUUGCAAGUAUAUUAAAAUACAUAUAUUUUAGCGAGAAAAGUCAGAUGAAGAUCAUAUUGCAAGCAGUUAGUCUAACUAUACUACCUCCUUUAUACUUCUUUUCUCAUGUUUACUACACAGAAACACUCUCAGUCAUGUUUUUGUUGAUAUUUACAAGGAUAUCCUUGUCUAACCGUUAUCUUUUUCAACUAUUCAUUAUAGGCAACUAUGCUGUUUUAAUGAGACAGACUAAUAUUAUAUGGGUCGCUUUGGUUUUGUUGCAUAAAUUAAUGGAUGUCUUCAUAAAAAGUUCUCGAGUGUUCGGUAAUCCGUAUAUAAAUGAUGUAAAGUUAAGUAUCCGAACGUUGAUCGCUAGAGAUAUUGAUAGGUCUAAGUUAAAACGGUAUUAUGGCAUGUGGGAUGUCUACUGUGCAACGAAGUACCACUUAUCAACUAUGUUCGGUACCUUCUUCCGGUUCUUAACGAAACAGGAUCUGUCACAGAUCUGUGUACAUUUGAUGAUCUUACUUACGUUUGCCGUUUUUAUUCAUUAUAAUGGUGGUAUAGUUGUAGGUGAUAAGCAGGCACAUGAGGUUACACUACACUUACCGCAGUUGCUAUACUUCCUUCUAUUCUAUGGUGUGUUUGGUCUACCAUAUGUACUUUUAAAGCUAUUUUCAACCAUCAAGCUGAUGUUUAAGGAGAAAAUUUUAGUGUUACUCUGCGGUAUAGUUUUCAUUCUGGUUGUACAUCACAAUACUAUGGUCCAUCCGUACAUGUUAGCCGAUAACAGGCACUACACCUUUUACAUAUGGAACCGUUGGUUUGGUAAAUAUGAUUUUGCAGUCUAUGCAACGAUACCAGUGUAUAUCUUUCUCUUAUUCAGCCUGUAUGAUAAUUUAAAAGACCAUAAUUGUAUAACGUUUUUGUUACCGUACACUCUGUGUUUAAUACCUGUGUUAACGUUCCAAAAGUUGAUUGAGAUCCGGUACUUUUUGUGCCCGUACAUUGUUAUAAGGUUAAGGUUCACUAAACCACCUUAUGCGGUAGUGAUAGCUGAGUUUUUGUGGUAUAUAGCCAUUAAUAUUGCCACAUUCUAUGUGUUUUUCACCAAAGAGGUAUAUUGGAAAGAUUUUGAUUAUGCUCAAAGGAUAAUUUGGUAGAUUUUUUAAAUAGUUUUGAAUGAUUUGUUAAACAAAUCUUUCUUGAUUAAUUUUAAUGUAGCAAUGUUUACAUACAAAUACUCGUUUACCGGGGUAUUACGUAUUUAGCAAUAUUUGCGCAAUGAUUGCCGGUAAAAUUAUAGUUCGUACUAUUUGCCCAUGACUAUCGGAGGAGAGGAAUAUAAAAAG